CAAAUUAAAUCAAUAAGCAGUCAAAAAGUAUUCCUACUGGUGCAAAUUCUAUAUCAAAAUUAUCCUGGAUAAAAGUUCUUCCGAAUGGUGUUUAUGUGACUAGUGUACAGUUAAGAACCACUCUUUAAUUUGUCGUAACAACAAUCUAAAUCAGUGCAAAUCUGCUGUGUAAUUGUGAUCAUUACUUCGCUACGAGUGCCAGUUAUUAGUCAUCGGACCUAGACUCCGCCCAACUCUGUGCGCUUUGACAGUCCGCCCAACAACGAAAGCAAAGUUUCGCCGCCUACGCCAUCGCCGCUGUGGCUCUGCGGUCCGUAUACACGACUUUCGUGUGAAAGACACUGGUUCGAAUCCACGGCCACCUAGCAAAUUUUUAUUUUUUUUAUUUUUUUAUAUAUAUAUUUGCUUCUGCGGGCAUAUUCUUUUUCGUCUCAUAAUGCCAGAUAACUAUGAAACCUGUGCUGGAUGCCAAUCUUUAAUUACUGAUAGAGAGUAUCUAACCUGCUUCUCGUGUAAAAGGGCGUACGAUUUAAUCUGCGCUAAUGUCUCGCAGCAACGAUUUUAUAGCACUCUGACCGGAGAGCAUCGGCAAGCCUGGAGAUGUGUGUGUUGUAUCAGCAAAAUGCCGAAGUCGGACAAUACCAACACUCCCGUUCGUGGUGUGUCUGAUGGAGUUGGACACAGAUCGGACGAAAGAGCCAUCAUCAAUAGGGGUGCGGCAGCGUGCAAUCUCACCCAACACCUGGAUGACAGCAGUGCGCUGAAUGAUACCGUGGAGAUGACUGACAUGCAAUCCUUCAUGCUAGAGGCACGACAGUGGCGGGAGGAAAUGAAGGCUGCGCGAGUACAGUUGGAAAUUUUUAACACAGUGGUUGCUAGGCUUACUGAAAGGCUUGAAGAGAGUGACCGAAAACAAGACCAAUUGCAAAAGCGAGUCGACAUCCUGGAGAAUCAAGUAGCAGAGUUAAGUACAAACAAGGACAUAUCACUGCAAGUGACAAUUGAGAACUUGAAGGCGGAACUGAAUGAUCGUGACCAGGAUUUAUUGGGAAAUGACUUAGAAAUAACAAAUAUCCCCGAAGAAAAGGGUGAAAACUUGGUACACUUAGUUAGCUCCAUUGCGGACAAGCUUGCUGUAGAUUUAACGGAGCAAAACAUAGUAUCUGUGUCGCGGGUUGGUCGAUCCUUCGAGGGCGAUGGCGCAGCGCAGCGGCCGCGCCCCAUUGUUGUCCGCGUUUCGCGGCGGGCGGUGCGAGACCAACUGCUACACUCAGCGCGCGUGCGCCGUGGCGCUACUACGGAGGGCACAGGCCUCCCGAUGCCGCAUCGCCGUUUUUAUAUUAAUGAAAGGUUAACUAAAACCAAUCGUCAACUGUUCAGGCGGGCAAGAGAUCUGGGCAAAUCUCACAAUUGGCGAUAUGUCUGGACAAAAGACGGAAAAAUAUUUGUAAGGCAGCAUACGGGCUCCGACUCACCGCGUCAUCGCAUUCGCUGUGAACAGGAUCUAACAAAAAUUUUUGGGGCAUAAUACUGUUGGUUCUUGU